CUUGCGAUUGAUGAAGCUUGUUUGUUGUCAGUGUUCUUUAUUUAAUAAAAGCAUUUUUUUCCUCUUCUUUAUCUCCAAGAAUAAAACAAAAAGAGCGAAUUAUCAUCUGGAUAAAUAUUCUACUUCAACCAUACAAUUUUCUGGUGUUGCACAUUCAAUUUUCUUUUUUCUUCUUCUUUUUUAAUAUUUAAAUGAAUGAUAUUUUAACAGAAAGAAAUAAUCAGCAAUUGACUACAGAUUAUGACUUGUAUGCCAACUUACUUUUGUCAAACUUACUUGACAAAGAAGAAGAGACGAAAGAAGAACAGAAAGAACAGGACGAAGAGAAGCCUAUUGACUUGACCAACGAUGUUAUUUGGGUCCCGGCUGAUAAACAUCCUCAGAUCGCACCAAUUGAAUUUGCAAAGUUUAUUGAAGUCCAUGGAGCUAAUACACCAGUGAGAAGAAGGGCCUCUAAUUUACAGCGCAGAAAAUCGGUUCUAUCACAAUCACAUACAUUUGAAGACGAUGAGUUUAGACAUAACUUGCAGGUAUCAGAUGAAUCUAGAGGUAACAAUAGAAAGAAAGAAAAAAAAGAGGGGAUAUAUAUGAGCUAAAAUGUUUGUAAUACCAGAUGAUAUGCUGUUUGACCGCA